UAUGUGACGUCAUUUUGGUGAAUAAAAUGCGAAUACGCGCUAUGAGCGACGCUCGAUACAAUUUCACGAGGGUAAUGUAAGAACAGCGGUGAUAGAUUUAACAUAGAGUCAUAAACAAAAGGGACUGUUAGGUACACUUGCAGCAGCAGCAGCAGCAGACUGCCUCAGUAGAACGGUUGAGAGUUGAGACUCCGAGCAUUUUGAAGUCGGACAGGUAUUGAUAUCAAAGAACGUGACUGAUAAACCGCGCGCGCGUAAAGAACUUGGGCGAAUCUCACCCGUACAGCAUUUGCCAUGGAAACCACUGGCAACAUUUCGGACCUUCUCUAUGCGCUUUCUAACCCAGUGAUGUCGAAUAGCAGUGUAUUCUGCCGAAACUUCAGCAGCUCCAGUCUCGUGAACAUGAACAGCUCCAGAUGUGACAGGACGGCUGAGCUGGACAAAGGCGCAACUCCUGUUAUAGUGGCGAUCAUCAUCACUACGUUAUAUUCUAUAGUGUGUGUGUUGGGACUAGUGGGCAACGUCCUCGUCAUGUAUGUUAUUAUAAGAUACACCAAAAUGAAAACUGCGACCAACAUCUACAUCUUCAAUCUUGCUUUAGCAGAUGCCUUGGCAACAAGCACUCUGCCCUUCCAGAGUGUGAACUACCUGAUGGGUACAUGGCCUUUUGGAGACGUUCUGUGCAAGAUUGUGAUGUCCAUUGAUUACUACAACAUGUUCACCAGUAUCUUUACCCUCACCACUAUGAGUGUUGACCGCUACAUCGCUGUUUGCCACCCGGUUAAAGCCCUGGACUUCCGAACCCCCAGAAACGCCAAGAUUGUCAAUGUGUGUAACUGGAUCCUUUCAUCUGCCAUCGGUCUCCCUGUCAUGGUCAUGGCCUCCACCACUAUUGAGUACCAAGGCAGUUCGUUCGCAGUCACUGACUGCACUUUGCUCUUUCCCCACCCUACCUGGUACUGGGAGAACCUCCUGAAGAUCUGCGUCUUCAUCUUUGCCUUCAUCAUGCCCGUCCUCAUCAUCACCGUCUGUUACGGCUUGAUGAUCCUCCGCCUGAAGAGUGUGCGCAUGUUGUCUGGUUCUAAGGAGAAGGACCGCAACCUACGGCGCAUCACCCGUAUGGUCCUGGUGGUGGUGGCGGUUUUCAUCGUCUGCUGGACGCCGAUCCACAUCUUUGUGAUCAUCAAGGCCCUGGUGACCAUUCCCAGCUCACUCCUGCAGACCGUCAGCUGGCAUUUCUGCAUCGCUCUCGGCUACACCAACAGCUGCCUCAAUCCGGUGCUCUACGCCUUCCUGGAUGAGAACUUCAAGCGUUGUUUCAGGGAGUUCUGUAUUCCCAGUCCCUCCGUGCUGGACCUGCAGAACUCCACGCGCACCAGAAACCCCCAGCGUGAGGGCCAGUCCAGUGGCAACACGGUUGACAGGACAAAUCAGCAGGUAUGACUAGUCCUGGAGAUGUCAUCACUGGAGUCCCACUGCCAACCCAGUGUUGACAUGAGCUCGGAGGUCACGCAGGUCACCACAGGUGUCUAACACCCUCAUCUAUAGGACUUGCCGUAGGUUGAACCUCUUUAUGCAUCUUGCUAGGCCUCCCCUAAAGAGCUGUUUUACAAUUUUGGUAUGGAGAAAGACUGUUAAAGUAGAUAUCAGUGUGAAAUAUGAUAUAAAUACUAUAUUAUUGACCCCAAAUUACCCCGAUAAGCUGAGCUUAUUUCACUAUCUGUGAUGUUCACAGUCAUGCAUCUGAUGUAUCUGUUAGAUUGGUCCAGUAUUGAAGAAGUAUAUAUAUAUAUAUAUAUAUAUAUAUAUAUAUUCUCUUA